AUGUCGGAACGGAAAGUUCUGUCGAAAUACUAUCCUCCCGAGUUCGACCCUUCCAAGCUCACCCGCACCCCUCGACAUCUCCGACCCACCGGCCCCAAGCUCAUCAAGGUCCGCCUCAUGGCCCCUUUCAGCAUGAAAUGCACCUCCUGCGGUGAAUACAUCUACAAAGGCCGCAAGUUCAAUGCGCAGAAGGAGACCACUGACCAGAAAUACCUCAAUAUUAGCAUCUUCCGCUUUUACAUCAAAUGUACGCGCUGCAGUGGAGAGAUCACCUUCAAGACUGAUCCGAAGAAUAUGGAUUAUACCUGUGAGAGGGGAGCUAAGCGCAAUUUUGAGAUCUGGAGGGAUGGGAAGGGAGAUGAGAUUGACGAAACAGAUGAGGAGCGGCUGGAUCGGCUACAAAGGGAGGAAGCCGAGGCGGAAGAAGUGGAAGAGAGAAAUGCCAUGGCAGAAUUGGAACAAAAGAUGGAGGACAGCAAGCGGGAGAUGAAGAUUGCCGACGCGUUGGAUGAGAUCCGGACAAGGAAUGCGAGGAUAGAGCGAGGAGAAAAGGGUGGACUUGGUGUGGAGGAAGCUUUGGCAGGAGUACGCGAUCAGGUAGAGGAGGAGAGAUUAAGGGCAGAGCGAGAAGAUGAAGAGAUGGCGAGGAUGGCUUUUGAGGAGGGUAAUCGAGAGAAGGUCCUGUUGGAGGAGCUCGACAAAGAAAAGCUGAAGGGCGGCAAUGGAAUGGCAGGGGGAGAAGCAGAUCGAGCUGCCAUGCCACCUCCCAGCUUUGACAGGGUCAAGAAGGCAAGGAAGGUGAUGGUGCCAGGCCUGGUCAAGAAGGCCGAACCAAGCAAACCUGCUCCAGCACCGGCACCUUCGCUCGGACUGAUUGAUUAUGGUUCAGAUUCGGAUUGA